AUGCGACCGUCAAACGGUUACGAGCGAUUCGCUGAUCUUUUACGACUAACUGAGAGGCAGCGAAUGCUGGAGAGCCAUACUUGGGCCUCCGGAGGCUCUUGUAUUUUCGCAGGCCGCCUCUGUGGUGGCGGAGAGAGUUCACUGAACGGAGGAGGUGCCUGGGGUUCACCGCCGGGUGCUUCAAAUGCCGGUCAAAUCGCUGCUGCUGCUGGUGUUUCCGGGUGGAACACAUCCAAUCCCAUGUCUGUGAGUUCACAGCAACAACAGCAACAGCAGCAACAGCAGCAGCAAGUUUGGGGCAGUGGCCAAACCAGUAUGCCACCACCGGGACCACCGGGAAACGGACCCAGGUCCCAGGAUAUGGGCAAGGUUUCGCUAUCACAGUCGAGCGGAGGAGCGAUGAUAGUUGGACCAAGCGGUGGAGGUGCCGGACAGUCCGGCGGUACUGGUGGUGGUGGGGGAGGCUGGAAUCAGGUGGUGGCGCUGUUGCCGCCGGUGGUGCAGUCGGAGGAGGAAGUGCGUUGGUGGCCACGACCCCCUCUUCAAAGCUCGAGCACCUGA